CUAGAGACCUUAGGUAUGCGAGCGCGUCAGAAUGGGAAGGCCCGGGCCCAGUCGCCACCUCCUCCUCCUCCGUCCGGUCGUCGCUGCAUUUUCCGCCACCGCCGCCGCCUCCUCUUCUCCUCUGCCGCCGAGGUCGUAGGAGCUCGGUUUCGCGUUCUGCCACACUGCAAGUUCACCAUCCUGGUCUUGCACAGAACCUCUGCAAGGUUCAACAGCAAGAGGGGAUUACUGAUGGCAGCCAUCCUGCCAAGAACCGCGCUGCUGCUGCGGACGCCGCGCGGCGCCGGCCGGCUCGCGCGGUUCCUCGGGGCCGGCGUGCCCGCAGCUUCAUCAUCCGAUGCUGAGACGGCGGCGGAGUUCAUGCCGUGGCGUAACGGCGGGGGCGUUCUGCACCGGGCGGCGUCCGUUGACCCCUCCGCGGUGGUGGAGGCCGGCGCCGUCGUGCACUCCGGCGCUGUGAUUGGCAAGGAGGUCGUCGUCGGGUCUGGGACCGUGGUCGGGCCUUCGGUGUCCGUGGGGCAGUCCACCAGGAUCGGGUACAAUGUUGUCUUGAGCAACUGCUCGGUGGGCGAGUUCUGCACUAUCCACAAUGGCGCCUGCAUCGGUCAAGAUGGUUUUGGUUUCUUUGUGGACCAGGAUGGACAGGUCAAGAAGAAACCACAGGAGCUUUAUGCAAGAAUUGGAGACAAUGUGGAAAUUGGUGCAAAUACAUGCAUUGACAGAGGCAGUUGGAGAGACACAAUGAUUGGAGAUGACACCAAGAUUGAUAAUCUGGUUCAGAUAGGUCACAAUGUGGUGAUAGGAAAGUGCUGCAUGAUUUGUGGACAAGUAGGGAUCGCAGGUUCUGCAACGUUGGGUGACUACGUAGUAUUAGGUGGUAGGGUGGCCAUCCGGGAUCAUGUCUCCAUUGCUUCAAAGGUUAGACUCGCUGCAAAUAGUUUAGCGACAAAGGACAUUCAGGAGCCCGGUGACUAUGGCGGAUUUCCAGCUGUCCCAAUAAACGAAUGGCGUCGACAAACUGUGAACUUGCGCUUAUUUUCAAAGAAACACCAUGACAGAAGAUAGUAACUCUACAAUCCCAGUGACAUCAAAUAUGUUUGUAACUUGAUUCUCUUGAAGUGAAUUUGCAAUAUCUCACUAGAGAACUAGCAUUGAAAUUGGUAUCCGAAACAAUCUUCACCAUGGAAGUUGGAUUCUUUAUUGUUUAAACUUGAAUGUAUCUACGUACUAUUAAAGACUGUCAUAGUGCUGCAGUACACAUUUACACAUGCAUUCCUGCUAA